UUGACACCAAUCUGAAGCAAAGUCUUUCCCUUUAGAACUCUAUCAUCUCACUCUCACACAGACAAAGUAAGAUCAAAAACCCAUCUUCCUUCUCUACAAGUGCAAGAUUCUGAACACGAUGAACGACGACUUCGAAAUUCCACAAGCUGAAGAAAUGAACGAAGACUUCGAUCUUCCAGAAGAGAAGGUAGGCGAUGAGAGAGAAGUCGGCGAUCGUGGUCUCAAGAAGAAGCUUCUCAAACUUGGUGAAGGUUGGGAUACUCCUGAAUCCGGUGAUGAAGUUCAAGUUCACUACACUGGAACUUUGCUUGAUGGAACUAAAUUUGAUUCAAGUCGUGAUAGAGAUUCUCCUUUCAGCUUCACGCUUGGACAAGGGCAAGUAAUUCAAGGAUGGGAUGAAGGUAUUAAAACCAUGAAGAAAGGUGAAAAUGCACUCUUCACCAUCCCUCCCGAGCUAGCUUAUGGUGAAUCUGGUUCACCUCCGACAAUUCCUCCUAAUGCGACGCUCCAAUUUGAUGUUGAGAUGUUGUCUUGGACCAGUGUGAAGGACAUAUGUAAAGAUGGUGGUAUAUUUAAGAGGAUACUUAAAGAGGGGGAGAAAUGGGAGAACCCCAAGGAUCCUGAUGAAGUAUUGGUUAAUUAUGAGGUUCGUCUGGAGGAUGGAAAGGCUGUAGCAAAGUCUGAUGGAGUGGAGUUCACUGUCAGUGAGGGUCAUUAUUGCCCUGCAUUCUCAAAGGCUGUUAAAGCCAUGAAGAAGGGAGAGAAAGUGAUUUUGUUAGUAAAGCCUCAAUAUGGAUUUGGUGAGAAGGGGAAGCCAGCGCAUGGUGAUGAAGGUGCAGUUCCACCAAAUGCAUCACUGCAGAUUACACUUGAGUUGGUUUCUUGGAAGACUGUUUCAGAUGUGACUAGUGACAAGAAAGUCAUAAAGAAGAUCCUCAAGGAAGGGGAAGGAUAUGAGCGUCCAAAUGAAGGAGCCAUCGUAAAAUUGAAACUAAUUGGUAAACUGCAAGAUGGUACUGUCUUUUUUGAAAAGGGCCAUGAUGAAGAAGAGAAGCUGUUUGAAUUCAAAACAGAUGAGGAACAAGUCAUUGAUGGGCUUGAUAAAGCUGUAUUGACUAUGAAGAAGGGUGAGGUAGCAUUAUUGAUUAUUGCUCCCGAGUAUGCAUUUGAUUCAUCACAGUCCCAGCAGGAGUUGGCUGUUCCUCCUAAUUCAACCGUGUAUUAUGAAGUUGAGCUAGUGUCAUAUGAGAAGGAGAAGGAGUCUUGGGAUAUGAAUACUCAGGAGAAAAUUGAAGCUGCUGGUAAGAAGAAAGAAGAAGGGAAUGUUUUGUUUAAAGCCGGUAAAUAUGAAAGAGCUUCCAAAAGAUAUGACAAGGCUGCGAAGUACAUAGAGUAUGAUUCCUCCUUCAGCGAGGAAGAGAAAAAGCUGUCGAAGACCUUGAAGAUUGCCUCUUAUCUUAACAACGCUGCUUGCAAGUUGAAGUUGAAAGAGUACAAAGAUGCAGAGAAAUUGUGUACUAAGGUGUUGGACAUUGAGAGCACAAAUGUUAAAGCCCUCUAUAGAAGGGCCCAAGCAAGUAUGCAGUUAACUGACUUGGAUUUGGCCGAAAUUGACAUCAAAAAAGCUCUUGAGGUUGACCCUGACAACAGGGAAGUAAAGCUGGAGUACAAGAAUUUGAAGCAAAUGGUAAAGGAGUACAAUAAUAAGCAGGCAAAAUUCUAUGGAAAUAUGUUCGGCUUGAGAAAGGCUUGAUCCUGAUAGAAAUUUUAGCAUGCCAUUAUGUUUCAAAAACCUACUAUAGACGCUACUGAAUCCGUGAUUAUUGACAACAAAAUCCGAUCAAGUUGAGUAUCUGACAACAAAAUCCGAUCAAGUUGAGUAUCUGUCUUCCAUGGGUUUUUGAUCGUCAUUGUAUCAUUUAUGGUUUAUGGAUUAUGGGAAAAAAUGGCGUUGGAAAAAAAUGGUGUUGGACGUUCAUUUCGUAUUUCAUAUUUGAGUUAACAUAAUUGACUUGAUUUGCUUUGAUUUGAUUUAUCCCCAUCUACUGUAGUGAUUGUAUAAGAACUAUUAGUGAUGAAAACGGGCUAAGCUAAGGAUUGUUUAAAGUUUAAUGUUAAACGUUUUAUUUCAUUCA